UCGCAUUUGGAGCUGGUGACAAGAUUUCUGCUGGUGUUAGGGUUUUGAUAUGUUGGGGGAAUCAUGUGAAUCACCUGAUGGAUUGGAUAAUAUUUUUUCUGACGAGCUUCACAAAAUUUCAACAUUAGAGGAAACAGGAGGAUUACCUACUCUUUGCGGUAUAUGUGAGAAACCGUUUGCAAACCCGGUUAUUUUGAGUUGCCUGCAUAUUUAUGACCGUGAUUGCUUGCGGAAUUUUGAAAGAAAUGAUAAUGUGGUACCGUACACCAAAUGUCCACGGUGUGGCACACUAUCUAGCAGCAUAAAAACAUUGGAGACUUACGAUGUCUCCAUUGUUGAAACAAGCUGUGAAGAUGAAGAUUCACAACAGCCAAACGGGAAGGGUGUCAAAUGUUCAGUAUGUACUGAUGGUAACGAAGCUCUUUAUCGAUGCAUGCAAUGUGCGGGAACGCUGUGUGAGCGAUGCCGUGAUAUUCACAAGGUUAUGAAGGUUUUCUCAAAUCAUGAAAUACUUGACUUAACUGAGGAGGAAAAGCUGAAUGCAGGGAUACUGCAGCGAAACAUGAUGAAUACCAAACCAGUUUUAUGCACAGUUCACCCGGAGUCCAUGUUUUCCUCAUUUUGUUUGCAAUGCCAUAUUCCUCUAUGUGAUGUGUGUUUUGAGUGUGAACACAAGGGACAUAUAACCAUCAAGUUGGAUUUAGUACCUACACACAUAGAUUCUUUGCUGUCAGAUUUGGUUGACGGAUGUCGGUUAAAACAAAAGGCCUUCCGUGACUCUGUCGAUGCGAUGCAUAGUCUACUUUCUGAAUUAAGUACGUCCAGGGAUGCCAAUAAAACCCUUAUCAUUGAGACUUGUAACCAGUGGGUGGCUGCUAUCGAAAGGAUCAAGGACCAAUUUAUCCAUAAGAACAGAGAAAUUCAUGAUGAAAUCGAAAUGAAAUUAUGGUCUCGAAUUAAUACUAUGAGCAAGACUAUCGACCACGUCGACUUUGCAUGCGAAUUUGUGAAGGUCUACUUGAAGAGAUGUUCUAGUAUUGAAAUAUGUAAACUGUUUAAGAAUGUGCUUUCGUGCUUAGACAAACUGUCAAGGCAGCAAGCCACUAACGAUCUCUCUGUGAAGCUCUUAUUUUCACCUGGAUUGUCAUCUGUCAAUGAUGUUAUUCGUCAACAUUUCGGCUCCUUCGAGUUCGCUAACACAUUGAACCUCGGCUCGCAACAAAGCUCUGACUCAGUUUUGCAAGUAUAUUCAGCAUCAGAUCCUCAGAGUGCAGAUUUCAGUGCUGCUGACGUAGUCAGCGACCUCAAACAGCUGACACUAAAGGUGGAUGGACGCAUGGAUUCAGAUUCCGUUAUAGUCUUAGACCAGGCACUUUCAUUACAGUUAGCACCAGGUAGCCCGGUACAAGACGGCGCUCAUCGUGAUAGUAACAUAAACGCAAAUCGUACUGGUAAUGGUAUUUUGAACAGUUACAUACCCAGGUCCAGCAACUCAGGUGCUGCAAGUCGUCCUGUCAGUAACUGGUGUGACUUGCAUGUUAACCUACCUACACUGGAACCAUCAGACUUCUUGUCUAAUAUGACACAAGUUGACCCAGUUUUCAGUACUCCUUUUGUUUCAGGUGACAACCUUAGAGCCCCUGGAAACAGUGUCAUACCAUCUUUAGAUGUUGAUUCUAAUCUUAUGCUAAAACAAAAGCUUCCAGUCAAUUAUAAUGCAACUCUGUAUGAGUACAGCAGGUUGAGAGCAGCCCGCUGUUCGCAAAUGAAUUUGUUAACAAAGUGGGGGUCCCUUGGUUGUGAAUUAGGACGCCUCAAUUCCCCACAUGGGUUCUGUUUGGGAUUCGAGGAGGAGAUAGUGGUUGCAGAUACGUACAACCAUCGAAUUCAGGUAAGCUUUUCUUUCGUUCAAUAAUCCUGUGCAGAUAUUCACAAAGCGUGGUGACUUCGUGUCUUUCUUUGGCGUAUCUGGGAGAGUGGAUGGUUUGAUGUGGUAUCCACGCAAAGUAGCAAUUAUCAGACAAAGCCAGCGAUAUGUUGUUUGUGAUAGGGGUAACGAACGAUCUCGUAUGCAGCUGUUUAGUCGAAGUGGGCAUUUCGUACGGCGUAUCCCCAUUCGUUACAUUGAUAUUGUUGCGGGGUUAGCAAUCAAUCAGCAUGGUCAUAUUGUUGCUAUUGAUAGUGUUUCACCAUCAGUUUUUGUCGUAUCUGAAGAAGGUGAUCUUAUUCGCUGGUUUGAUUGCAGUAAUCACAUGAGAGAACCAUCAGAUGUCGCAAUACAUGGUCGAGAAUAUUACAUUUGUGACUUCAAAGCGCACUGCGUUAUUGUUUUUCAGGAAGAUGGAACAUUCAUUCGUCGUAUUGGUGGUGAAACAAUUACAGAUUUCCCGAAUGGGAUAGAUGUCAGUGACCACGGAGAUGUAUUGGUUGGCGACUCACAUGGGAACCGUUUUCACAUUGCUGUGUUUAGCCGAACAGGUGAACUACUCAGCGAGUUCGUUUGUAACCAGACCAAAGUCAGUCGCUCUUGUUGCUUAAAAAUAACGACUGAGGGUUAUGUUGUAACGCUCGCACGCAGCUCUAAUAAUGUUCUAGUUUUGAACACCUUAUAUAUCUGUUGACAUCGAUUCCCAGCCGGUUAUUAUCCACUGCACAACUAGAAUACUUCCUAAGAUAUCGUUCUUCCAUUCACCGCUAAAGUUUACUCAACUUCUUCAUGAUAUUUGGUUUUAAGAAGUAUUUAUACCUGUCCGUUUUGGAUAGUCUCGCUCUUUCGUACUUCGUUCAAGAGUCAUUUUCCCCCGUGAAUAUUUCGGGGUGCUCGUGAUAAUUUUUUUCAAUUUAAUUACAGUAUGUUUUCUGUUUACUCAUGUUCAUUUUUUCUUAUCAGUUUUGUGGACUCUGGUUUCAACAGAGUUCGGCCUUUUACCCGUAUUUUUCCCUAUUUAUAUUGAUUAUUAUAUUAUUAUUGCUAUUAUUAUUUAUUAUUGUAUUAUUAUUACUGUUAUUAUUAUUACUAUUAUUAUUGUUAUUAAUAUUUCAUUUGUCGACACCACCUACGGUUUCAAACAUCGAAAAACCACAUUUUAUUGACAGUUUUUCGAGGUCCUAGAAACAUUAGAUAGCAUUUUCUCUGAAUUGUUUUCAUGGUAUUUUUGCAAUAUUUUUGAGAUUAUGGACUAUUGUUUUUUUCUUUUUUUUCUUCUUACUCCAUCAUUUAUCUACAAGCUAGUUUGCUUAGUUAGUCUAAUGCACUAAAUUUGAUUUAUUUUCAGUGGGUCAGUCGCGUGCUAAAUAAAGUCCAACACAAUGGUUGAUUUUUCUAAGUGAUUACACAUGUGCCUUUCAUUCAUUUCUUGACAUGACAUUUAGCCGUUUUCACAACCACUUUUACUUCGAUUUUGUGGUAUCGGAUUGCUCAUUAUUUAGGCUCAGGCCGUUUUCAUAAUUUUCAGCAUACUUCUAUUGGUCAUGCAUUUGUUUCGGUGUUUUUUAAUCCUCUAGAAGGUGUUUUAAUAAGUGAAUACUUUCCCUAUCCAUUCCGUUUUCUGGACUUAUUGCCAAAUAUUUCACCAAUCUUAUUGAUAACUCAAUUAUGUACCAAAAUCUCAGAUUUCAAUCAUUUUUAAGUAUGUUAGUGUCUGACACUUUUGCAUUAUAAUGUUUUGUUUUCGUCUUUCUUCAAGCUCCAGAAUAUUAAGUCAUCUUUUAGCAAUAAUGAUUCCAUUUUCACAUUGUGAAUGAAGUGCCCCCUUUUUGUCACUUUGACUCGAGAUGAAAAUGUAAUCGUUUGUUUUGGAGCCUACAUUCUGGCUUUUAUUCCCUACCUGUUGGCUUAUUAUAUGUUUUCUUUUAUACUUUUGGUUCUUGAUAUCUUCAGUGAGUGUAAAACGACUGAUAAUUUUAUUGACCUUGUUAAAUAAGGAUGAUUGUCGUUUUACACUAUUAAGUACUCUGUUCUUCUAAAAUUAAUAUGGUCGGUGAUUACUGUAGUCAAACAAUCUGAAUAUGCUGCAAACAUGUUGACUGUUAUCA